AUGCAGACGCCUAGCCAGCAUGCUUGUGGCGAGGAAGAGUCUCGGCCCUUGGGAGAGUGGAGGAUGGCUUGGGCUGGCGUACUACGAACCAGGGACAAGGGUCGAGCCUUUGUCGAGCGCGAGAGAGCGAGUAUAGGGAGUCUGCUAGUCAGCCAACGUCAAAGCGCUCAAUCAGUCAUCCACUUCCUCCUUCACCCAUCAUCCACUGCUCUCUCCUCUUCAUCGUCAUCAACACCCCAUCCAUCACUUGUUCACUCCAACUCUUCACACCAGAGAAACCCGUCCUCGAUCCAACCUCGAUCGCACCAUUGGCACCUAGGCUCACCUCAACUCGUGCGCCUCCACCACCUGCCCUCUCCGGUUCAACCCACCCCUUCCACCCGUACCCAAAGCCUAAGCCACCCCCCCAAUCGACCACCCGUAUCUUGUCCAUUCCUCUCCAUCCUCACAUCUCAUCCAUCAACGACCAACAAUCCCCCUCCUCCAUCCGAUUGCAGCCGACCACUCGACUCGAUCACUGCUUUGCACAGCCCCGAACGCAGGUCGACUACCCUCCACCCCCUCUGUUCUACGGCUGCACCUCCCCCCUUUGAGCGACACAUCCACUCCCCUCCUACCUUCCUUCUGCCCACCGCGUCACAAUGGUAUGUCGAUCAGCAACCAGCGCAAGGGGGACCCCCAACACUGACCCCCCUCCAGUCACAGGCAUCGCGGAUGGUCUUCAAGAUCACCGUCCUUGGAGACGGUGGUGUCGGCAAGACCGCCUUGACAGUUCAGUUCACCAUGUCGUCUUUCGUCGAGACGUACGACCCCACGAUUGAGGACUGCUACAGGAAGCAGUGGGUCGUCGAUGACCAGCCGUGCUUGCUCGAGGUCCUUGACACGGCCGGACAGGAGGAGUACACGGCGCUGCGGGAUCAGUGGAUCCGUGACGGAGAAGGCUUCCUUGUCGUCUACUCGAUAGCGUCGCGAUCAACGUUUGACCGCGUGGAGAAGAUUGUCGAGCGCGUUCUGCUCGUCAAGGACGAGGCGUCGUACAACGCGACCGACAGCGCCGGGUACCCGCACGGCCACGGCAACGGGCAGCACACGACACGGACGCCGAUUGUGAUUGUGGGCAACAAGCGGGACCAAUACAACGACCGCGAGGUGUCGACCGAGGAGGGGCGGCUGCUGGCGAUGAACCUGGGGUGCGAGUUCUUCGAGACGUCAGCACGACUGAACCAAAACGUCGAGGCGGCCUUCAAGGCGCUCGUCCGGCAAAUCAAGGUCGCCAAGAGCGGGCCCGAGUACGCCCACGGCCAGCAGGGACACGGCCACCCCCCGACCAAGUCGAAGAAGCACAAGAAGUGUGUCGUCCUGUAA